GGAGCGGUUGCUGAGCAGGGGCUCUGUCGCGGGCGGCAGCUGUGACGGUGAACCAGCUGGGAUCUUGCACUGGGGGCUGCAGCUUUUCCCCUCCGGGAGCCUGUGCGCUGGGGCGGGAGAAAAGCCAGGGGGAGCGGGCUGGGCCCGGGGCUGCGGCUGCGGCCGCGGGGCUGCGGCUCCCCAGCCCCGCCAGCCGGAGCGCUUGGAGGUAGAGGAAAGGUCUUGACGGGGUGGCUGGACCCCAGGCAGAAUCCAGGUGCAUAGUCUGGACUUGAGGGUUCUGGGCUGUGGUCUGUAGAAGCAAAAGAGAGAAUGACUCAAAUCCAGGCCAACUGUGUGGCUGUCUGAGGUGUUGGGACAGAAGGAGGUCCAUUCUUGUUGGAGACAACACUGUGGCCAUGUUCUGGGAUGAGCAAGGUAUAAAGUUUCCAUGCCCCGUGGAGUUUUUGUGAUUUGGCGACCUAAACACAGCCUGACAACAUAAUAGCGCCCUCUAGUGACUUUAAUAGGGACACCUUGGUAGAGUUCCCCUUUGCUGUCCCAGAACCCAGCCACUACACUUUUGCAGCUGUUACUCCCUGCAGAGAAGGGCUCCAGUGCUUCUAUCCAGUCUAGAGGAGAAACUCAAGCAGCUGCCACUUCUGCAGGUUUUCCCCAAGAAGAAGCAGCUGAGUCCUUGCAUCUUGUGGCAGCUGCCCAGCACUGAGUCCAUCAGGGCUGAAGUCAGCUCGACCCUUUCCCAAUGGGCAGUACUCACCUGUGCUGAGGUCCUGCAGUGGUGGCCUUGUGAGGAGCUGUGAACUGAAAAUGUCUGACGGUCUGGAUAAUGAAGAAAAACCCCCAGCUCCUCCACUGAGGAUGAAUAGUAACAACCGGGAUUCUUCAGCACUCAACCAUAGCUCCAAACCACUUCCCAUGGCCCCUGAAGAGAAGAAUAAGAAAGCCAGGCUUCGCUCUAUCUUCCCAGGAGGAGGGGAUAAAACCAAUAAGAAGAAAGAGAAAGAACGCCCAGAGAUCUCUCUUCCUUCAGACUUUGAGCAUACGAUUCAUGUGGGGUUUGAUGCAGUCACCGGGGAAUUCACUCCAGAUCUCUAUGGCUCACAGAUGUGCCCAGGGAAGCUCCCAGAGGGAAUUCCUGAACAAUGGGCACGAUUACUCCAAACCUCCAACAUAACAAAAUUGGAACAGAAGAAGAACCCACAAGCUGUGUUAGAUGUUCUCAAAUUCUAUGAUUCCAAAGAAACUGUCAACAACCAGAAAUAUAUGAGCUUUACAUCAGGAGAUAAAAGCGCACAUGGAUAUAUAGCAGCACAUCCUUCAAGUACAAAAACAGCCUCUGAGCCUCCUUUGGCUCCUCCUGUCUCUGAAGAAGAAGAUGAAGAAGAGGAGGAGGAAGAAGAUGACAAUGAGCCCCCACCCGUUAUUGCACCAAGACCAGAGCAUACAAAAUCAAUCUAUACUCGUUCUGUGGUUGAAUCCAUUGCUUCACCAGCUGUACCAAAUAAAGAAGUCACACCACCCUCUGCUGAGAAUGCCAAUUCCAGUACUUUGUAUAGAAAUACAGAUCGGCAAAGGAAGAAAUCCAAGAUGACAGAUGAGGAGAUCCUAGAGAAGCUUAGAAGCAUUGUGAGUGUUGGGGACCCAAAGAAAAAGUACACACGAUUUGAAAAAAUUGGUCAAGGGGCAUCAGGUACUGUUUAUACAGCACUAGAUAUUGCAACAGGACAAGAGGUGGCUAUAAAGCAAAUGAACCUUCAACAGCAACCCAAAAAGGAAUUAAUUAUUAAUGAAAUUCUGGUCAUGAGGGAAAAUAAGAACCCCAAUAUUGUUAAUUAUUUAGAUAGCUACUUAGUGGGUGAUGAACUGUGGGUAGUCAUGGAAUACUUGGCCGGUGGCUCUUUGACUGAUGUGGUCACAGAGACCUGUAUGGAUGAAGGACAGAUAGCAGCUGUCUGCAGAGAGUGCCUCCAAGCUCUGGAUUUCUUGCACUCAAACCAAGUGAUCCAUCGAGACAUAAAGAGUGACAAUAUUCUCCUCGGAAUGGAUGGCUCUGUUAAAUUGACUGAUUUUGGGUUCUGUGCCCAGAUCACUCCAGAGCAAAGUAAACGAAGCACUAUGGUGGGCACCCCAUACUGGAUGGCACCUGAGGUGGUGACUCGAAAAGCAUAUGGUCCGAAAGUUGAUAUCUGGUCUCUGGGAAUUAUGGCAAUUGAAAUGGUGGAAGGUGAACCCCCUUACCUUAAUGAAAAUCCACUCAGGGCAUUAUAUCUGAUAGCCACUAAUGGAACCCCAGAGCUCCAGAAUCCUGAGAGACUGUCAGCUGUAUUCCGUGACUUUUUAAAUCGCUGUCUUGAAAUGGAUGUGGAUAGGCGAGGAUCUGCCAAGGAGCUUUUACAGCAUCCAUUUUUAAAAUUAGCCAAGCCUCUCUCCAGCCUGACUCCUCUGAUUAUCGCUGCAAAGGAAGCGAUUAAGAACAGCAGCCGCUAGGACUGCACGCCUUACCCCUCACCAUCUCCCUCAUGAGUAAGAUUGAACUAAAACUUUGCUUCAGGAAAGAUGGAAGAAAAGACAGUCAGAUGGGGUGGGGUUCGUUAACUUUCAAAUGAAUAGAAACUUCGUAUAAGCCUUUUUUCCUAUUCCCUCAGAUUAUGUAAUUUAUUUGUAAGCCUGAAUCGCAGCCCAAACAGGGCCGCAAUGUCGAAGUGGCCAUCAAGUGGUCACUUCCACCGUGAAGCGAAAGAGCCAGUAGUGAAUCCCCUCAUUUUGUGCAUUCACUUUGAAGAAAAAGAUUUCUCAAAGAUGCACUCUCCCUCUUCAUAGUGUUGUGUUUGUUUUUAAGUUAGAGAGUAGUCCCUCAUUCAAACCUCCUUCAAAACCCCUUCCCCAAUGUGAUGUUUUUCACUUGCAUUGUCAUUAGAUGUCCAAAAAAAGAUGUCAAAAUGUUUUUUUAAAAAAAGAAAGCAAAAACACAAAACAAACAAAAAAAAAAAAAACAAAGCAAAAAACCAACAAACAAAAAAAUAGAGCAAGUACUGUGUGAACAUGUGGAACUCCAUGCCCUAAUAGAGUUGCAAUUUUUUAUUCUUCUUCUAUAGUGGUGGCUUGGUUUGUGUACCUAUUUUUCUGCAUUUGUAUUGGAAAAGGUUUCUUUUAAAACAUUUUCCGAAAGCAGAAGGGACUAUGUGUGUUCAGGAAGGGCUUUAGCAAAUUCUCUAUCUAAAUAAAGCUCAAAUGGUGAAAUCCUAUCACAUUUUCACAGGGAUGCGUAAGAGGUAGUUGAUCUGCCUCACGUAAACCAGCUUGUUAAUUUUCAUGAUACUGGGAAAACGACACACUAAAAAGGUCAUCCCUUUUGGGUGAGCCCAGGUCCUGAACCUGGGAAAUCCUAAUAGGAGAAACGAUUAUUUAAACAAAGAUGGGACUUUCUCUGAAAGCCAAAAGGAAAAUAAGACACAUGUGUGAUACUGAAAUCUUUGUUGGACAUUACAGUAAACAAAGGUAAACACACCUAAUUUAAGACUCUCUUGUGCUUGUGGAUCAUAUGCACUGUAAAACAGGCAUAGCAGGAGGAAAUAUAUCCAUUAACCGACAUUUCUUUAUGAUAAAAUGGUUUAAUUUGACAAUUUAUAACAUUUUGGAAUUUUUUUGAAAAUAAAAAAGAAAUAUAAUAAGCUUUCAACUCUGGAAGAAAUGAUAUACAAUGAAAGAUAUGUCCCGGUCAACAUUUACUUCUAAAUAUUUCUUCCCGUUUUUUCUGUUUGCCAUCAAUUUCUGUUUCAGGAUCUAAUGUGCUCAUAUUUAGCUCGCUGGGCUUUUGAAUUUAAAAGCCUAUUUAAUAGUGAUCUUAAAUUCCUUAGUGAAAAUAAUUUUGGCUUACAAUCAUAUAUUCCACAAAAUAUCAGUCCAACUGAAUUCCUUUUGUAGCUUGGGGAAAAUACCAAAAUUUGACUGUUAUUUCACCAUAUAUCUAUUUCUUAAAAAUCCAACAAUUACUACUUCCUGAAUCUUCUGAGAGUAGAAAAAAUACCUGGAAGGUGUAUGUGUAGAAAAGGAUAUGCUUCUUUUACUGUCAAUUUUAUAAAUUUUGGAAAGUUGUUUCUCUAAGCCUUUGAAAAGCUAACAGUCUAUGCUGUAGAAGAUUUUUUAAUUUGUAGUAUAUAAGAAAUUUGAAUCUUCAUUCAGCAAGAAGGAAAAAGAGAUCAAUGACAUAGGGCUCUCUCCUUCUUUGCAAAGUCCAUCCAUCCAUCCAUCCAUCCAUCCAUCCAUCCAUCCAUCCAUCCACCCAUCCAUCCAUCCUUUCUUUAAAAUGAAAGCACUUUCUUUAGAGUUUCUACUAACCGUAUGGUGCAUGUGUUUAUGUUUAGAAAACACCACUGAUGAAUUUCCUAUUUUCCUAUUGUUUUAUUUGACUAUAAAAUUUAGGAGGGUCUUGACCCUCACUCUUCCCUUCAAAAAGAAAAUUGUCCACAGUAGGAUAAAACAAGAAAUAUGAAAAGAAAAUCAAAUGGUAAUAUUAACUUGAUGCAUACUAUGGUACACUUUCAAAGAGGUAUCUGGGUCUAAAAUUUUUAAUCCUACACUGCUCUAAUGAGAUAGGCAGGCCAUAAUUUUGAUUUCAUUGACAGUCAGGUGUAUUUUUCACUCAGAAUGCCAGGUAAUGCAAUGAAAUACCUGGGAUGCAAAUAAAAUCCAGUACAUUGGUGAUAAUAGUCUCGCCAAUGUAGAGCUGAAAACCUGGUUGGGAAGCAACUUGUCAUCAGUUAGCAUCCCUUAUAUGUUGUGAAGGCAAUUUUGUUUUGUUUUGUUUUGUCUCGUUUUGUUAUUUUGGAGACCCUGGAGCGGUGAUCCUUCAGAUCACUGUAGGCAGAGAAAUGGCUGCUCUUUAUGCUUUUAGUUCAGCAUAUUGACAGUGCAGAGCCAGGUACUACUUUAGCACCACCUUGUACCAAGUCUUGAUGGUGACAUGUCCUAGUAGGCUUUAUUCUUACAAAUUUAUUUAGAUCUAUGUAAAUUUUCACAUGAGAACAGUUCCUAAAACCCCUUCCCCGUGUUAAAGAGUUAUGUAUAUUUCUAAUAAGUGUUAAAGAGAAGCUGCUUCUCGUGCCAAAAAUGAUGCUGAAGGAUUCACAUUUGGUACACUUGAUUCAACUUGGACUCCAGAUGGUUAAUAGUUCUUUCCUUUCCUUCAAUUUUUUUAGCUCAUCUUAACACAGGUGAGUCUAUCCAGAUCUUUAAUGUUGCUGGUGUGCCCUAAGAUAAGGAGGGCAUGUCAUCGAAUGUUGACUCCAAAAUGUCCUGAGAUAGGAGUAGGGCAAUGUGAAAGUCAGGGAAGGGUGUGAAGCACAGUAGAGAGUAUUUAUUUAAGAAAGAAAAGAACAUUGAUGUGUAGCAAGGAUCCGGUGCAUUGCCAUAAUCCCAUGAGGAUUUUGGGAUGACACAGUCCCUUCGAAUCAGUCACCAUGUUGGGUAAUGACUUCGUUCUUGCUGAUAUUGUCUAUGUGUCAUUGUAAAUAUUUGUGUGUCCACGUUCCGUUUUGGCUACUGGAUGGCCAUGUCACAUGAAAAGAUUUAAUUCAAGUAUUUAUUCUUUAAUUUUGUUAUUAGGAUUUCUUUCAGGCUUGUGAAUUGCACACCAAUGUUUGAGUUUAACCACCUGAUCCUCACAUCUAUCCCUCCCUUGUGAAGCACAUUCCAUUGCUAAAAGAAAAAGAAAUACAAAAUUGCUUCCUGUUGUCUGUAUAACUGUUUUGAUAGUUUGAGAUGUUUGUCUAUAAAGGAUAUUUCUCAGCUCAAAGAUCAUGUAAAUAAUUAUAUUUCUUUGCUCAGUGGGUUAUUUCUAAUGAGGCUGUGAGUUCUCAGAGAUUCUAUGAAAUCAGUUUUAAAUAGCAUAAACAAAGAUUGCAACUAUAUAAAAAUAAGUGUGCAUAUGGGCAAAGACUAGAAACACAGAUAAUGGAAAUCAGUUUUGUUAGGGCAGCAGGAUUACGUGAUUUUUAUAUUCCUUUUGAAAUUUUCUUUGAUGUUUUUCUAAUAUUACUUUAUAAUGAAUAAACAUCAGAAAGGGAAUUCUAGAAACAUGGGAAAGACUCAAGAAAGACAUGCCUUCUGGCCAGAGUCUAGAGCAUGCAAGGCACAGAUAUUUGCUAGUUAUAGUUAUUCCAUGGGCUUUAUAUUAGCCUGUGAUUGGCACACGCUCAGGUAUGGCACGUGCUUUCUUAGGAGACUAUUAUAUGUAUCAAAGCUAGUGAGAUGUCACUACUGUAACUCUAAAUGCAUUCUUCUGCUUUAAAACAGACUGCCCUCUGCUUCAGUAUAACGCCUGGAUGUCUAUUUUGGUUACUUUAGAUAGAAGGGUUAACCAUUUGGUUAGCCACGUUGAUUAACAUUUAUUUCAAGUACCACCUUUCUGAGUCAUUUUACCAGAUCUUCAAGUUGAACUUUGGAGAAAUAAAAUGAUAAGGUCCCUAGUUCCCACCAUUUCCUCGCCCAACAAGUUAUUAUAUCAUUCAGGUAGAAUUUUUCUUUUAAUUACCAAGAAACAAGUCCCACUCAUGUCAAGAGAAAUUAUGACUUGCAAUUAAAGCUGACUCUGAAAUCAUUCAGACAGAUAUUUAGGACUGUCUCAGGUGGCAUUCAGUUACAGUCCUAUUAGUUCUGGCUUAAGAUAGUCUCCAUGAGCUUUUGUACUGCUUAAUUAUAGGCUGUAUGCAGUAAUUGUGAUUUUAAGAGGAAAGGAGACCGUCUACUAAAAGAGAAGAAUAUCCUUCUAACUAGCCAAAGAAAUUUUAGGCUAGGACUUUGAUCAUAUGUUACUUAUCACCGAUGCCUAGAAAAACUCACAAGAUUUUCAUUAGCCAUUUUAAGUAUAAAUGAAGUCUCAAUCUUGCCAUCUGUAGCUGAACUUCAUGGUUCUUUUCUGAGCUACUUGCCAUUAACAGUCAAUUAAAUAAAUGUAUACCCAGUGGUGCAAGCAUCUCCUAGUCCUUGAGCAAAAGACUGAAAUUCAACAUUUGUAAACUGACAGUCUAAUGGGCCUCAGAACUGAAUGAACUUAACACGCAGUUCUGAACAUAUAUUUGCAUGUGGAUUAGGAAGGAAACAAAGGAGACCUUGGAAAUAAUGAGAUUGUUUUUCUAUGAAAGAGUUUUUCAUGAAAGACAUACUAUAAUCUGUCUGUCGACCAGCUUUCACUUUUUCACUCUUUUCUGAUCCACAUUACUGUAGCAACUAAAUGAAUCUAACUCAAAUUCUCAAGCUUUGGAAUGUUUAAUGCUGAAGAGUGUCUUUCUGAAUCUACAGAUGCAGGAAUUAGGAUGUGACCUCCACGUGCAGAUCUCUGCAUAAAAGUAUACUAUAUUACUUUCAGCAUUUACUGACAAUUUGGUUGAACUUGCAAGAUAAAGUUAUCUGGUCAAUGCCAUCAGUCUCUUUCGGAAACUGCCAUCAGGUGAAUUCUAUCCCAUAAUACCAACAGUAAGGCAGACAGCAUGCUCAGCUAGUUUAGUACCUAAGAGAAAACUAGUGACAAUUCUAGAGAAUAAGUCAGAUGUGGUGGGAAGCAUACUAGCCUAGAAAGAAGACCUGGAUUCUACUAAGGGCUUUAUGAAUAACUUCCUGCAUGACCCUGAGCGAGUCCCUUAACUUUUCUAUUGCUGUUUCCUCAUCUGUAAAAUAAAGAUAUCAGACUAGCUGCUCUCCAAGGUCUUUAUAAAGCUCUACAUUCUGUGGUAUAAAUUGCCUUGCAAAUUCAAUCUGCUAAACUGAUGGCAAAUAUCACAUGCUUAAGCCUGAGUCUCAUAUGGUGUAGUGAAACACUAGAGCUAUGUAAGAUGGAAAAACUCAAGUAAAUGAAGUUAAUAAUACUAGAGAAUGUUGAUAAAACUUGUGGCAGCCUUCCAGUUUAUUCACAAUUGUUUUGAUUUAUUUCUGUUUUAAUGUGGUUUUUUUCUCUGUUGAGUGUUCCCGGUUUUUAUUUUCCAUAUACUCUCUAUGUAAACUCUGGUUUUCAUUACGCUGUGGUCAGUAUUUGCUACUAGAGCAGAAAUACACUGUCACAUUUGCUAAAAUAGAAUUGUACUUGGGCCUUUUCUUUCUUGUAAAGCAGUGCUGGGCUUUCUAGAUUUAAACUCAUAAAUGGCACAAAAUGACAGAUCUCAUGCAUUUGAAUGGCUGAGACUACAAAGUAUGGACCUAAGCAUUAGCAAGUUGCAGAGAGAAAUGAAAGUAAAUAUAUGCUUUUGGCAUUAAGAAGUCUUAACAGAUAUACUUGUUGGGAACCAAAGAUCGUAUUUUUGACAACUCCCCCAGAGAUUAGCCAGGUGUGUGAGUAUGCUGCUGGAAAGAGGGUAAACUGGAAGUUAGUGAAUGGUCCCAACUGCCUGCCUACAGGAGAGUACCAGCCAACCCUGAGUGUAAAAUCCAAGUUCAAUGUCUGUGCUUGUGUGUGGUGUGCUUUAUGGACCCACAUAUAUUAUAUUCAUUAGUGACAAUAAGAUCUCUAACAGAAUCCAAUAACCAUUAAUGGGUUGAGUUUUAAAUAUCAGUACAUCAGCCAGUAGGAGCCAGAUUACAAGGGUAUUGAUGUCUGCUAGGAUUAUACUCCUAACACCCAGGUAAAAUAAAUUAAGGAGGAUCUACAUUUUCACUGUUUCACAGAAUUGUAUCUCCUUUGGUUGUGCAUUACUUUUGUCAAAAUGUGUUAUCUGUAAACCCAUGUGUAGUGAAAUUCUUCUGUAACUUUGGAUUAAAGGUAUUUAUGGUCUUUUUGUUUGUUUGAUUUUUAAGUAAGUUAUUUCUUUUGUAGACUUGCUGAUGGUAUGGUUCCAUCCUUCUACCUUCAGCAUACAAUCUUUUUUAAGGAGUUUUGUUUCCAAUAUCGUUAUUUUAAAUUGUGGUUGAAGCAAUAGAAAAUUGAAAUAUGGAUUGUGCAUGACUGUGUCUUGAGUGUAAAAAUAUUGCAGUUUGAAACUUGGACCUAAAGUAUUGCAAAUAAAAAUGACAAAUAUCAAUGA